CCUGCAAGUGAUCGAUUCGACGGUUCGCGGUUCCCUCCGGUUUGUGCGCGUUGUACCCUUCCGUUCCGACCUCUGUUGUGUCUACCGGUGCGUUCCCGGGCUCGUGUUUUCGUUGCGCAUUUACUGACCCAUUUUAUUACUGGCUGUUACUGUCGUGUAAGACCAACGCAACCCAUUUGUGAUAGCACCGUGUAGUAGGCUUACGGCUGGAAACUGCAAAUUAUCUUCCGAAACGGAGCGGAUCUACGAACGCUACGCCAAAGGCCACAUAUCAAGAACUGAAGCAACAACCUAAGAGUACAAAUUACUAUCUCCUGACGGUGACAAAUAGACGGAUAAAACGCUUGAUUGCUGAUAGCAACAGUUUGCCCAGUGAUUUGGCAAGAUUUUGAGUUAUAACAAACCGACCUGUGUACAUAUCAUCCCAUCGCAAACAAACGCUUCCAAAAGCACACUCUUGUAAAGGCGUUGUAAAUUUGUCCAAAACAUCGUCCAACCAUUUUGUUAGGGUGGACCACAAACAUUAACAAACGAAACUAGAAUGAUGCGCGGACUGUCCCUAGCACGGUUGGCCCAGUUGGGCUUGGGACCGGUGGCCACCGGCGCAACGACGGCACGUCACGUCCAGCGGUACUGGGCCCAACGGGGCGUCCGGCUGCUGAGCACCCGGCGGCAGGUGAAAUACCUGGAGGACACCAUCUUCCCGCCCGAGAAUGGGUUCGAGCAGAACUCGCUGUACGACAACAACAUCCCGGUGCCGCACGUCACGCUCGACCACUACAUGUGGGACCAGUUCAGCCAGUGGACCAACAAGACGGCCGUGGUUUGCGGCAUCACCGGACGAAGUUACACCUACGGCACGCUGCGGGACCACUGUGCGGCCCUGGCGGUCCGAUUGCAGCGGAAGCUGAACCUCACCACCGGCAGCACGCUCGCGCUCUGUCUGCCCAACAUUCCAGAGUUUCCGCUGGCCACGUUAGGUGCUAUCGAGGCCGGUCUGGUGGUGACGACGAUCAACCCUAUCUACACCGGUGAGGAAAUCUCUCGCCAACUCGUGGACAGCGAUGCAAAGAUCCUGAUCGGGCUGGCGUCCAACUAUGCAGUAUUAAAAGAGGCCACGCAGCACGCGAAGCGAAACAUACCCAUCGUCUGCAUCCGGAAUACGAACGACGAAAGCCUACCGGCCGGUGCGAUCGAUUUCGCCGAGCUGUCCAAUCCGAAAGGUAUUCACUACAGCGAGCUGCAGCAGCAUGAUCGUACGCCGGACGAUAUCGUCUUCCUGCCGUACUCGUCCGGUACGACCGGCAUGCCGAAGGGGGUCGAGCUGACGCACGUCAACAUAGUGUCGAACAGCGAGAUGCUCGCGGUGAAGGCCGGCAACGGCAUGGUGGUCCUGCCGACGACCGACACCUACCAGGAUGUGCUGCCGUGUGUGUUGCCGUUCUUCCACAUCUACGGACUGACGGUAACGAUGCUCUCGAAGCUCCAGAAGGGCUGCAAGCUGGUAACGCUGCCCAACUUCCGGCCCGACACGUUCCUCAAUGCGCUUGCCGAGCACAAGGGCUCGGUGCUGCAUCUCGUACCACCGAUCAUCAUCUUCCUCGGCCAUCACGACGGUGUCAAACCGAAGCACACCGACCCAAUCCGGAACGUGUUCUCCGGGGCGGCACCGAUGGGUACGCCGGACGCGGAACGCUUCACUGCUCGGGCACCGCACGUCGAGUUCAUCCAGGGCUACGGACUGACGGAGACGGCCCCGGUCGUGAUGGUGGGAGCGCUCGGUUCACGUAACUACGCCUCCGUCGGUUCGCCCUGUCCGCGCACCCAGGCGAAGAUCGUCGACCUGAACGAUCCGACCAAUACCGCGCUCGGUCCGAACCAGUCCGGUGAGCUGCUGGUGCGCGGCCCGCAGGUCAUGAAGGGCUACCACAAUAACCGCAAGGCCACCGACGAGAUGAUCAUCGAGGGUGGCUGGUUGCGUACCGGCGACAUCGCGCAUUACGACGACAACCUGCAGUUCUACAUCACCGACCGGCUGAAGGAGCUGAUCAAGGUGAAGGGUUUCCAGGUGCCACCGGCCGAGCUGGAGGAGUUGCUCCGAUCGCACCCGUCCGUGGCGGAUGCGGCCGUCGUCGGCACACCACAUCCCGUGUCCGGUGAGGUUCCGCGUGCGUUCAUCGUACCGAAGAAGGGUACCAACGUCACGGAGGACGCACUGAAGGAGUUCAUCGCAGGGAAGGUGGCCGCGUACAAACGGCUCGAAGGGGGCGUCACUUUCUUGGACAGUAUUCCGAAGAACGCAUCGGGCAAAAUCCUACGGCGGCAGCUCAAGCUAGAGCACUGUUCGUAGGCGUAAGCUAGAAAGAUAAAACAAUCGUGGGGCGUGGAAAAUAACGAAAACACAAAACCAUUAGCUGUAAGGAGGACGGCGUCCCGCAACCGCGGAUAUUAGUACUGUACUGGUUGCAAACUAUCGUAAAAUCUCAUCCAUCGGCUCUCGGAGCUAUUGCGCGAAACGGCUAUUGUUCCCAGCGAUUCUCCUGAGCGCAAACCGGGAACGGGGGAAUCGAUUCUUCUCCAUUGUGUUAAACCGCCCGUUAAGCUUGAUCCCAAUUAAACUGCGUAGAUGGGUGUAGUGGGCGGAAGAAAAGGUGUAUGUGUGCUUGUACUUUACAUGUUUAAGACGUUAGAUGUUUGUUUAAACCACUGUUUUUACAUCCUUGUUUGUAUCUCCCUUUGCCUGUUUUACUUUUACCAAGGUUCUCCUUGUGUCGCCUCGAAGCGUAGUGAAGGAAAUCUAUGUCGAAUCGACUGAACGCUGGAGCACACAUUCGGUGGAAGGUUUUCACGAUUAAGCUCAAGAAGAGGUGGACGAAAAUAUAUUACGAAUAAACUUAUUUUUUAAUUU